AUGUCAGGCCUAACCUACGACAUCAGACGGAGAAAACUUGUUUGGGCAGAGACCGUUGGAGACAAAUUUGAUGAUAAAAGCCAAUGCCACUUUGUCAGCCUAGCCAAUGGGGUAAAGGAACCUCAGGAGCUUUUCAACUUUGAAAAUUGUUUCCCAUAUUCUGUAGCAAUUGGUGACGAGUAUAUAUAUUGGGCAGAUUGGAGCCAGCAGGGUAUUAUGCGGGCAUCACUUAUUGACCCCAAGGAUGUUGUGAAGCUUGUCCAUACCCCUGCUGUUGGUGUCGAAAGCAAUAAGCGUCAUGGUGUUUAUGGUCUUGCACUGUUAAAUGGCCUCACUGAAGAAUCUACCACGGAUCUAUGUACAGAUACAAGCAAGAUAAAUUACGAGAAGCAAAUUGAUAAAUUAAGAUUCCAGGGGCCUGGAACUGAAAAAUUAUCCCCUGAACCUUUAGAUGUGGAAUCACCUGUAGAGAGAACCAAUGAUGAUGGUGGACACAGCACAGAUUCUGUAGAUGUGGAAUCACCUGUAGAGAGAACCAAUGAUGAUGGGCAUAGCUCAGAUUCUGUAGAUGUGGAAUCACCUGUAGAGAGAACCAAUGAUGAUGGUGGAUACAGCACAGAUUCUGUAGAUGUGGAAUCACCUGUAGAGAGAACCAAUGAUGAUGGUGGAUACAGCACAGAUUCUGUAGAUGUGGAAUCACCUGCAGAGAGAACCAAUGAUGAUGGUGGAUACAGCACAGAUUCUACAGUGACUUCCAUGAGCUCUGCAGAGAAUAAUGUAGAAAUAGUAAUAGAUCACCAUGUUAUAAAGAAUGAACCAAAAUUAGGAGAAGUUGAACCAGAAACUGAAGUUCCACUCAGGGCCCCCACCUCUAUACACACAAACAAGCUGAAGGUCAAUGCAGAAAUAUGUAAUAAAGAGAAGUUACUUUGGAUUAUUGCGGUGCUGUCUGUGGUUUGUGUAUCAUUCAUGGCUUCAACCUUUUUCCUUCUGGUGAAAAUGUCCUGUCAGCAGAGUAGAAGGGAAGGUAAGUCAGCACUACCUGUAAUUGUUAAUUCCAAAUAAGGUGAGCAGGGUUUGCUUGUCCUGUAUAGUAGUGUAUUUGGUGGGGCAAUUAUUGUGUCAAAACAAUAUACAGUAUACCCUGUACUGUAUAUGUACAGUAUGUACAGGGGCCCCCCCAAAUUCGCUGGGGUCAGAUUCUCAAA